AUGGAUGAACAGCUGACUCAACCUGCUGUCCACCUUCCUCCAGAUGUGCCCGGGUGCAAGACGACAACGUCACUGUCGAGGACAAUCGCGUGUGGACAGCACCCGUUCCUUGAGCACGUCGUUGAGCGACGCACGAAAGACGUCCAGCGACGUUCAGAGGAACGCCUUCGUCAGCACCACAUGGACGAACCACUUGAGCUCCGCUAG